UACAUAAAUGUCGUGCGCAUUAAAAACGGAAGUGUCUAGUUUCAUUUUGUAGUUUACUAGUUAUUUUUAUUAAUUAAAGUUUUUAUGGAAAGGAAUCGUUCAAGGCAUCUCAGUAAACCCAAAUUAGUUUUAAUAGAUAGCAGGAUAUCAAUUAGUACAACCGAUAUCUUAAAUUGAAAUGGAGGGGUGUAUAAGAUUAAGUUAUCCAUCGGUGAGUCAGUCUUUCUUGGAAUUAUAAAUUACACCUUUUCUGCAAUUUUGACUUACAUGUGUCAUUGGUAAAUUGAACCACAAGUUUCGUAAAGCUGUCAGGAUUUGAAGGUGCAAUAUUGAUGUUACAACUAAUCAAACAAGAGGGUGUAUUAAGAGUCAGAAGCAGCAUAUGAUCUAAUUUGGUGUUUAAAACUACACAAUGGUCCUAUUUUCCCCAGACAGCAAGAAUUGGUUGUCAUCUGUUUAUCUUUGCAUUUAUUAUAUGAUAUUCAUACAGCUGUGUCAGCUUGUCGAAUCACAGAACUGUUAUACAAACAUUGAAGAUGAAUUAUGGCCUUUACAGUGGUAUCUGUAUAACACAGAAGCAGACAAGUAUGACAUGAAUGUUUUACCUGCCUGGGGAAGUUGUGUGAAUGGUACUGGUGUUACAGUUGGCGUAGUGGAUAAAGGUGUUCAAGAUCAUAUUGAUCUGAAAAUUAAUAGAAGAUUUGAUUUUAACAAUGCUAAUGAAGGAUCAGUUACAUCCUAUCAACAUGGUACUAGAGUAGCUGGUGUUAUAGGAGCUCUGAAGAAUAAGAAUUUUACAAUUGGGAUUGCUUUUGGGGCAGAAAUAGCAGAUAUAAAGAUAGCUUCUACAGCUGUUUGGGAUACGUUUGAUGUGAGAGCAUUUUAUCAUCAUAUGCAAAGUAUUGAGGUUUACUCCUGCAGUUUUGCUAAUUUUCAUACUGGCACUAAAACAUACAAGUUAGAGAAGAAUCAAGAGGAUGCAUUCAUAAACGGAACUACUGAGGGCAGAGGAGGCCUUGGAUCUGUCUAUGUUUUUGCUACAGGAAACAGUGGUGAUGAAAAAGAUAUAAGUGUAGAUAGCUGUGCUUAUGACAGACUGGUUACCAAUAGAUAUGUUAUUUCAGUAGCAGGAAUACAGCAUGAUUUAAGUAAAGUUCCGAAUGGAGAAGCUUGCAGUGCAAUGAUGGUAGCUGCUUUCACUGCUAAGGGUGGAGCCCAAGAUCAUAAAAUAGUAACAACAGAUGUUGGGAAUAAAUCUACAGAAUAUUUUAACCAGAACUCAGCAGCAGCUCCAAUGGUGUCAGGUGCAGUAGCUCUUGCUCUCAGUGCCAAUCCCAAACUAUCAUAUCGUGAUGUGAUGCACCUUCUUGUUCACACAUCUAGGGGAGAUCUGCCUGGAUUUAAAAAAGGAGGAAACUAUUUUAAAAAGAAUGCAGCAAACUUAUCAGUUUCCUCAUAUUUUGGAUUUGGCCUGCUGGAUAUAGGAGCACUUGUUCAAAGGAGUCAAGUUUGGAAAAACGUACCAGCAAGGAAGAGCUGUAAUUCAGACAUGAGGGAUAAUCCAGGUUUUGAGAAUGUUUUAGUUAAUGUAAGAUUGUGUGCCAUCAGUUACACAGAACAUGUUGAAGUAACACUAAAGGUAAAUUACCAAAGUGCUGGACAAAUACAGUGGGAUCUAAUAUCACCUUAUAGAACUAAAUCUACAAUACUUCCAGGCAGGUUGUUGGAUUCAACAAGAUAUAUGAAUCUGACUGUCUUAACUGUUCAGAUGUGGGGAGAGAACCCUAAUGGAUUCUGGAGAUUAGAACCUACAGCUCGUUUUGGUAGCAAUUUAGAUGGUGGUAGAGUGGAGCUUAUCAGUCUAAAAAUACAUGGGUUUGACUGUUCAUUGUCUGACUUAAGAUGCUUAGAGCCUGCUGUACAAGACGAUUCGUUUUUCACCUUACCACCCCCAUCUGAAGUUACUACAGAUAUACCAGAUAAACCAUCUGAAAAUGCUAAAUCUAUCAAUUAUGCUGUCAUUAUAAUAGUGGUGGUAGCAUCUAUAUUUGUAGUCCUUAUAGUCAUACUGUUUAUUCUCAAGAGAAAGAAAAAGUUGUGUUUUAAAGAAAGAUUGAGAUCAGAGAAUUCAGGGAAUUUAGUGGAUUACCCAACAGAACAGCAUAUACCUCUGAAAUGUUAGCUUUACAAAGAAUGACAAUAGUAUGUCUAUAUCUAAAUGAUAAUGGCAAUUUAGGCCAACUGCCAUUCUUACAGAGGUGUCUGGUUGUUAUGAAAAAAAGAUAUUGUAAGCAGUACAUAUACAAUAUAUAUAUUUAAGGUUGUUUUUAUUUUAAAUACUAAGCAGGGUGUACCAAUCAUGAGAAAUGUAAUAUCCUACUUAUAAUAGAAGUGUUUUCUGAUUGAAGUUGACCUUAUGACAAUUUACCAUGUGUUCAGAUAAAGUAUGUUCUUGCUGCAAAAAAGCCCUGGUGUUGUAAAUGUCUCAAUGUUAAACUGCCAUUUAAAAAUCGAUAAAUUGGUCCCUAGGAAUUAUAUGCAAACUAUGCAGGGACAUCUAUAGCAAGUCUCAAUUAUAUAAAUAAAUGCAUAUAACCAAGUUUGUAGUUAUGGUUUAGGCUCCUUAACUAAAAAGUCAGCCUUCUGGUGACUAAAAUGACUUGCAUAUGGAUUUUUUAAUUGGCAUGACUUGUGCAGAAUUCUAUGUAAUUUGGAAAAUUUCCAUUUUGAAAUAUGAUAAAUAUGUUAUGGGCAAUCCCACCUACUGCAUAUUGCUGGAAUAUCGUCAUUUAUGAGUACAAAUUGGGAAUAACAAAAACAAAUACCCAAUAAAUAGUUAGACAGUGUUUGAAUAGCAAAAAAUCCAUUUUAUAGAUUGUGACUAUAGAAAAUUUUAUCAUUUACUUGGAAAGUAAUGAUAUGGUCCCAAUAUGUUUUUACUUUUUAUGUGUAGAUCAGCAAGAAUUAUUUGCAAAUUUAUAUUAAAAAUGUUUUGUGUUAUACUUAUCUAGUCAGCCAAAUAUCUAAGGAUCUGAUAUAGACAUUGAAACAUAUAUAGCUACUAGCUAAAUAAACAAGUAUAGCUACUAGCUAAAUAUUUAACCAAAGUCCAUAUUUUCUCAUACUUCCUCUUUAGAGUUGGGUGUUUUUUGCCAAAAGAAAUACAAAUUCAUAGUUAUGUUGAUUAGAAUAGGCCCCUUCUCAACUAGUUUGGCCAUAUUAAAAAGUUGCAGAAUUUCAUAAUGGAGGUAAAACUGGUCUGAAAAAUAUGUGAAAACAUCAUUAAAACAAAGAAGAUGCUCGGAAACAUACAUAGAUUUCCCACUAUCUCAUGCUAUUUC